AUGGGACACCACCGCGUGGUGAAGGACAUGCUAAGGAUCUACCCGGACGCCGCGGAGCUCCGCGACGGCAAUGGCGGGACCUUCCAGCACACCGCGUGCAGGGAGAAGCGGUCCUCCGUGUUGCCUGUUGUCAUCAAGAGCCGCACGCUGCGCGGUCUCCUGCUGGACGCACAGGACAGGGACGGGAACACGGCGCUCCACCUCGCGGUGGCCGCGGGCGCGCCGGCCGUCGUGGAGGCCCUGCUGCAGAAGGGCGAGGCGCGGACCGACGUCCUGAACAGCGACGGCGACACGGCGUUCGACCUCGCCGCGGCGUCGACCAGCUCCUUCACGAUGGUGAGGCUGGUGGUGACGCUGGUCGCCUACGGGGCGCGGCUCCGGCCCCAGAGGCAGGACCAGCUGGCGCCGUUGAGCGGCCACGACGUCGUGCAGGGGAUCGAGAGGACGUCCGACAGCCUGGCGGUGGUGGCCGUGCUCAUCGCCACCUCGGCGUUCGCGGCCGGGUUCAACGUGCCCGGCGGGUACAGCGACGCCACGGGCCAGGUGCACCUCGCGGGCAAGUUGUUCUUCGACACCUUGUUCCUGGACAUGUUCGCCGUGGUGACGUCCGUGGUCGCCGUGAUCCUGCUCGUCUACGGGAAGACAUCGCGCUCCGCCGUCAGCUCGUUUAAGAGCUUCGCGUGGGCGCUGCAGGGCAUGUGGGUGUCACUCAUGACCCUGAUGCUGGCUUUCUACGUGGCUCUGGUGGCCGUGGUGACCACAAGUGCUGUCAGUCAGUACGGGUUCAUGGCUACAGAGAUGUGCAUCUGUGCCUUCCAAAUAUGCCUAACGACGUGGAUUAUUAGGCCUGCAAAGACGUGGAGAACGAUCUGGAGAACGAAGGCAGUGGUCGCCCGAGCCGUGCCGCACGCAGAAGGCAAUGCAUGCAUGCGGUUUCCCCUGAUGACCUUUCCUUCCAGAUGA